GCUGAAUUGCAGAACAGUUUUUAGGAAAUUAAAAAGGCAGCGGCAAAUUAAUUUCGAACCCUAUCUGCUAUCCCCAUUCAGUUUCCUUUCAACGCAGGCUCUUUUCUAGGUCCGCCUCUCCUCCAUUUUUCCUCUGCCCUGGACAUCCUCCUCCAUUGGUUUUCUCUUGCUGUUCGUGGAAUUGGAAGAAAAAAAGGGGCUCCAUUGCUGCCUGAUAUUUCUGCCUUAGUUAGGUCCGGGCCGCCAUGGAAAUCCUUCACAGGCAUUCUUCUCGUCUUCUCCCAGUGUUGCUCCGCGCAAAACCAGACAAAACUUACCCAGUAUACCUCCCCACUAGAGUGCCCGUUUCUAGACCCGAAUUCCCGAUUCCGGGCCCUUACUUAACUUCCCGGAGAACUUUCUCUUCUUCCAAAGUCGCCAAGGCGGGUUGGCUUCUGGGUUUAGGAGCAAAGAAGGAACAGAAUUUGCCCAAGAUAAUAAAAGCGGGUGACCCGGUUUUGCACGAACCGGCCCAGGAAGUUGACUUGAAGGAAAUCAGGUCGGAACGGAUACAGAAGAUCAUUGAUGAUAUGAUUAAGGCACUAAGGAUGGCGCCUGGAGUUGGUAUUGCUGCUCCCCAAAUCGGGAUCCCUUUGAAGAUUAUAGUAUUGGAGGAUACAAAAGAAUACAUAAGUUAUGCACCCAAGGAAGAGACUAGAGCACAGGAUAGACACCCUUUUGAUCUGCUGGUGAUCCUAAAUCCAAAGCUUAAAAGGAAGAGCGAUAGAACUGCAUUUUGGUUUGAAGGUUGUCUGAGUGUGGAUGGAUAUAGGGCUCUCGUGGAGCGACAUCUUGAUGUUGAGGUCACAGGUUUGGAUCGUGAUGGGCAGCCUAUCAAAGUAGAUGCUUCUGGCUGGAAAGCCCGCAUUUUACAGCACGAAUGCGAUCAUUUGGAUGGAACUCUUUAUGUUGAUAGAAUGGUUCCAAGAACAUUCAGAAUAGUGGAAAACUUGGACUUGCCUCUUGCAGAGGGGUGUCCAAAACUAGGUGUCUGUGGAACUAAACCCAAGGGCAUUGAAAAGGUAAAAGAAUCUAGUUUGUGAGACAUGAAACAUAUUUGAUGACCUUGGUAACGCUUGUUAUUACAAUAUCAGCAUUGAACCUAGUGAAAUUGCCAUUCUUUUUUGGUUGAGUCGUACUACUUGAGGUUCUUACAACCUUUGUAUGACAUUUGUCCUACCCCAAAACCAUGGGAAUAAAAAUUACCAUCUAUU